CAGAGGCCCGGUGUCAGUUUAGAACUUUGUAAAUCUAGGUCUCUUUGCCCAAAGUCGUUUAAAAUAAUCAACGAUGUCGAAGAACACCGUGUCCGAUCGCUUCAGAAAGGUUGAUGUGGACGAGUACGACGAGAAUAAGUUUGUCGACGAGGAAGAGGGAGGAGAAAACCAAAUCGGUCCGGAUGAGGCUGAGGUCGACUCCCUCAUCAGACAUGAACUAUUCUUUUCCUUAACAGUGAUGUUUACAGGGAAUAUGAUGGGUGCUCUGCAGGCAGUACUGAAAAAUCCACCCAUUAACACAAAGAACCAGAACGUCAAGGACAGAGCUGAGGGCCUGGUUCUAAAAGUUCUCAGCUCCUUUAAGAGCAGUGAUAUAGAGAAGGCUGUGCAGUCCCUGGAUAAGAAUGCAGUGGAUCUCCUCAUGAAGUACAUCUACAAAGGUUUUGAACGGCCAUCAGAAAACAGCAGUGCAGUCCUCCUUCAGUGGCAUGAAAAGGCUCUCGCUGCAGGUGGUGUGGGCUCUAUCGUAAGGGUACUCACUGCUAGAAAAACAGUGUAACUCACACCACCACAGGACCAGUACAGGGAUUGGCUGGCACAAAACCCCCAGAGCCUGGCUCCUGAACCCACUGUGGAAGAUUCUCUCUCUCUCUCUCUCUCUCUC